GCAAAAAGUUGAGGGUGCCAAAUAAGGCCAUUCUCAGACAUACCCUUAUACAAACCAAUUUCUCUCCUGUUUGCUCCUCUUCGUGAUCUUCACACAUCCACGUCUUGUCUUUUUUUCCGCCCUUGCUUGUAAACCUAGAAAUCGCGAGAUUGGAUCGACAUAUACUCCGUGCGUUAUCUUUGACCCUUACGCAUUACGUACCCGACGUGCCUUUCUCCCUUGCAUCGACAACCUCCUGUUCCUUACUCCCCACCAAGAGCACGGGAAAUCCGAAUCAACAAGAUCCCAACGAUUGCCAUUUUCUCCCUCUUUACAUCUUUACUCUCUGAUCAUCGACCUCGAAUCUGUUUGUCCACCAUCACGUCACCUAAGACGCUCUCUAUCGUCUUCGGUUGUCAUACCUCCUAAUGUAAACGAACCGAUAUUGUACAUACUCCUUUGCGACAAUUGUCUUUGUUGGAAAGGCAUUGAAAGCAGAGCCUGAACGUACUCUAUAGGUCAUCUGCAACCGACCGACCACAAACUCGAGACAAACUACGCCAAUCAUCGUUAAACCAGCAUCUUACGUAUCUAAUUCGCUUCCUGCGACAAUACCCGAAAGCUGUUGGGCACAAUCCGCGAUGAAGUGAAUCAAGCUUGCUCAUCGUGAUCUAAACCCAAGACACGCGAUCAAUUCGAUAUGCCAUAGACGUCUCGAACUGUGCCCGAUCACCCUUUGUAUAUCUAAUAUCUGUUUGCGAUACUGAGCUUGCCCUUUGAGGUUCAAGCUGGAGUGUUCCUCAGCGUUUGGCUACGCUCCCUACGACUUCGAUACCCAAUCCCUUUUGAUUAGUACCUAAUACCCUCACAUCGUCCCACGAUGGAACGACCUCCUUCGCGGUCUUCUUAUGGGAGAACCGCUUCUCGAUCCUCAACAAGCACUACCAAUACCAGAGCUACAAUGCAUACCGCCCAUAGCGCUUUGUCUUCGUCUCAAGCUCCUGGAUCCCCCAAUCUAUCUCAAUCACAACACUCACAUCGACUGUACCAUGCGACUUGUCAAAGACCAACCAGUACCAUUCCCCGAACAACAACACGGACGCCGCGCUUGACUCGAGAAGCUAGCAGCGAGUCAACACGACAAACCGUCAUAUCAUCAUUCCUUCAAGAGAAGCUUCAGCAGUCGCGCAUGGCCGAGAGCGACCGAUCGACGACAUGGUCGCGCAGCACUGAUGUGAACUCUUCAGGCGAAUUUAGUCGUAGUCUCGGCUCUCCCAUUAAGAAUUUGGAGGCUGAUGGACAUCGACCAAAUUCUGCCGCUGGUAGUGAAUCCAAUAAAAAGAAGGGACUGGGGGUAAAGGAUAUGGAACAGGUCAUAUCAUCACUUCACAAGAAGAACUUUGACCUCAAACUAGAACUGUACCACCGCCGGGAACGACAGACGGCAUUAGAAGACAAGGUCGAAGCCCUUGAAGUGGAAAAGUCACGAGCUGAAGAGAUGAACGACCACCUUUCGCAAGAGUUAGAGAAGCGCGAUAAGGCAAUUGAGGAGGCGGUCGCUAUGAUUGUGACUCUUGAAGCCAGACUUGAGCAAUACGCCAAAGAACGUUCCAUCAUCGAGCAGAUCGAAGCCGAAGGCCAAUACGCCGCACCCACUUUCGACCCAUGCUACGAAGAUCCCAGACCCGCUACUCACUCGCCGGAUAUGAUGAAGCAAAUGGGAAGUGGCAAGGCCAUUAAUCGCAUGCCGAGUUUCCUCUCCGACCACAGUGAGACAACCGAGAACCUGCGAAAUGUCUAUCUUGGCACCAGGGGUAGCAUUCUCAGUCUUGCGCAAGUCCCUGAAGGCUCUAAUGAAGCUGAUAACGGCCGGAACACAGCCCUGGGCAGUCCAAGCCUGAGCGUUUUGAGCGAGAGCUCUUUUGUCAGCGUGUAUGGAUCCAAAGAACACGAUAGCAGCGGCAUGCAAGAUGUGGACGAGCCUCUUGCUCUUGAUGGUGCUGAUAGUCUUCCAGCUAAAGCUAGUGCUAUCAAUAGGCCAAAGACGGCCUUUGUCAAAUCGCAUGCCUCACCUAACAGAUCAACUCGAUCGAACUCUCUCUCGACUCGUCAAGCGCAGUAUGAUUCGAUCAAUAACGUAAUCGAGUACAACUCUCCUGCGCGAAAGAGUGACCGAAGCUACGCUUCGAAGAAGAUGGAAGAACGACCUCAAGGUCGGGAUAAGGAUGGAGCCGAUGUGUUCACUGGCCGUUCUGCCAUGCCUGUUAACCAUCGACGCACGAAGGAGGAGAAGCGUGAAUCGCUUCGAAGAGUCAUCACGGAUGCUCCUGGUGGUGUCAGGCUACAUGAUCAAAAUCUGCCACCAACGCCAGACACCAUUUCUACGUCUACCUUGCGACGGUUCCAGAAUUCUAGCGACACAUUGUCCAAGCAUCCCACAAUGCAACGGAGCCACGGUGCUCUUUCGGAGACAUCUGAAAAUGAAGGAAGUAUGGGAAUGCACUCGGGUGUUCAACUACAGGAACCCAUGCGUGCAGUCAAGGCUUCGGCUCAUAUCAUCGAUCUGAACAACAGAGCUUACGCCGAGAACCGGGGAAGGUCUAUCCAGCGUCCCCGGUCCGCUGACGAAACUACCAUAUCGAACCGACGAGGAAAUGAUUGGGAUACCGACACCGACGAUUCAGACGUGGAUUCCCUAGAUUCGAGCCUCGAUAUCUGGAUGCGCGAAAGCGCCAAGCCUAACAAGAACGGUGGACGAACCUCGCCUGAUCUGUUCAGCUUUCCUUCAAGCGCGACUAAGGGCGGCUGGUCGAUGGAAGCCAUGUACGGCGCUGGAGGUGCAAGCAUAGGCACCGAUUCUGAAAUGAUUAGAAAUCUGUUCCCUGUCCAGCAGGAACUCUUCUCGGCCUCACUACCUCCACCACCUCCCAAUAGGCGAUCGAGUCUGAAUGCUCAGACAGUAGCACAGCUUAAGAUCUCGAACCCGAGUCGUCCACCUGCCAAUCCGAAAGCUUCUAAGUCAGGCCGUAAGAAGGGACAUCAGAGGAGGAACAGCGACGACAUCCAGAUGAGAGCGGAAAUGCAGGCUCAAGCACCGCCUGCCGGGGAACAGAAAAAGAACCAUUAUCCACCCAUUUCAGGCCAGCCAGCUCAGAACAAAUUCGCAAAGUUCUUCCGCCGAUCGUCAACUACUGCCCCAUCCCCUACUCCAACGUCGGAGACUGGACCUACUGAACCACCAAGCAAUGGACUCUCCUCAAGCGUUAAUGGCGCAUCAGGACUUCCACCAUGGAUCAGCCGGACAGGCGUGGCAGAUGAGGAUCGCGACAGUGCGACACCACCACCAAUCAUGCGGAGCUCUCGCCAUGGUCGACAUACAUCGGUCGACGUGGGUGACGACUCGAUCAUGAGCCAGGAGCCAGGUACCCCAGGCACACCAAGGAUGGACAGGGAUACUUCAGAGCAAGUAGAUAGCCCAAGAGCGGGAGGCAAGAGAAGGUGGUUCGGUCUUAAAAAUAAACAAGGCUAGGAGAUUUGGAUUUAUCAUGGCAUUCAAUUUGCAUACACUGGAUUUCUUAGCGGGGCGUCAGAAUGCUCACACGCACCACAGCCGAGUGUUGGUAUGGAGUAUCACAGGCACAACACAACCAGGCGUUGUAUUUUCUUUCUCGUAACAUGGGCACUGCGGUUUGUUUUCUUUGGCGGAUGGAUUGGGUUGCUCAGGCGAUGGAUAAGGGGCGUAUUUCGGCAUUAGCUAAAUCAUGAUAGCUUGGGAGCAUCAAAGCGAGUUUAGCAUAGAUUGACAGAAUCAAUUCACACAUUCAAUGAAGGCGGCGCAUGUCACAUGUUAUGAGGAGCAAAGAUUCAUCAUUCGUGUCUCCGUCAAAAUGCCUCCCUUAUGUUCGGCCGUGGUAAAACUUGUGUACGAGAAGAGAAAGUCUUUGAGUCGUCCCAAAGGUCGUGAUCUCAUGAAAAGAGUGUUGGUACUUAAGCGAAAACCCAAGUUCCCUUGCUGCGUCCAAUGUCCUUGGGUCCGAUAGCCUGCUCAAAGGCAGCAGGUGAGACGUCGAGGUCGGUGUCCUUGCAGGCCUCGCAGCGGCUGUACCACACAUGUCAGUAGAGUUCUUGAAGAGGGAAUUGGGGGGAGAAAAUUACUCGACGACAGUGAGGGUCACGGUACCAGCAUCGCCCUGGAGGGUGAUGGUCUUGCCGCAGACAUCCUGAGUGUCGUAGAGGUUGGCACCAACGGCAGCGACCAUGUCGUCGACGCCGUGGGUUCCAGCGCAGGCGCCCUUGCCGGGGGUGUAGAAGGUGAUGUCGCCCUCGGUGCGCUUGACAGCUGGAGCUGCGAAGACGAGGGGAAGAGCGAAGAGGAAGAGCUUGGAGAACAUCUUGAAAAGAGUGUUGAGCUUGUGGUUUGUUGUAGUGUAGAGAGUGUGAUGUGUGCUGAGGGAAUGUAAUGUGCUUGAAGGAGUGGAAGUUGUUGAUGAUGAGGGAGAAGGGAAAGUCAGCAGAGGAAUGAGAGAGGUCUUAUAUAGUUGGAGAUUUGGUGGAGAGACAGUGAUUCACUGCCCUCCCCUCUCUAUUGUGUUGGUAGAGGAACAAUAGCAAUUUCUUCACAUACCG